UACCUUUAUCAUAUGACAAAUGCAAAUCACAUGAGAAGUAUGAUUGUGUAAAGGUACCUUUAAUCUGAAUUGCGAAGUGGACAUAUAGUAGCCACUGAAAGGCUGCCCUGAAAGUCAACUAUUACCUCUUUACCAGCACUUGAGCCACAACCAGAGCUGUACAGGGAGCUUUCGAUUUAUGAAUAAUCAAAACUGAAGGUUCUUAACUGUGAUUAGACUGUGACUGAUAUGGAAAGAAAUGAUGUCUUACCACUCAUUAAAAUCGAACCAAAACAAGCAGAAGAAAUCCAUUCCGAUCUUCAAAAUAACAUUUUAGUCAGCAAUGAAGGUUUUGUGGCAAUAAAGGAUGAAAUUACCAUUCCCGCACAAUGCUCCAAAUCUUUCAACAAUGAAGAAGUACUGGAACAAAGUGAUUGUGGAUGGAAUAUUAAAACUGAAAUCUCCAACAAAUUUGAAUGUGACUUCGGUCAACACAAACAUAGUACGUUGCAAAUCAAAGAAGAUCUUUUAAAGCAUAAUGAUUUUAAUUGUGCUCAUUGUGAUUAUGGAACAAAAAAGAAACGAUUGCUUCGACGGCAUAUUUUGACACACAAACGGAAUGUGCUACAGUGUCCUAAUUGUGAUUACAAGACAAAUCAGAAAAACAACUUUAAACGACACCUUUUAAAACAUUCCGUUUUUAAAGAAUUUAAAUGUGGUAACUGUGAUUACGAGACCAAUGAAAAGUACCAUUUUAAAAGACACCUUUUAAAACAUACCGAUUCUAAAGAAUUUAAAUGUGCUAAUUGUGGUUUUGCGACAAAUGACAAACACUACUUUAAACGACAUCUUUUAAAACAUACCAAUUCUAAAGAUUUUAAAUGUGGUAAUUGUGAUUACGAAACAAAUGACAAACUCUAUUUUAAACAACACUGUUUAAAACAUACCAAUUCCAAAGAAUUUAAAUGUGCUAGUUGUGAUUACGAGACAAAUGACAAACACUACUUUAAACAACACCUUUUGAAACACACUGAUUCCAAACAUUUUAAAUGUGCUAAUUGUGGUUAUGGAACAAGUAAUAAACAACUUCUUAAACGACAUCUUUUAACUCAUACCAAUUCUAAAGAAUUUAAAUGUGCCAAGUGUGAUUACGAGACACAUAUCAAACCUUACUUUAAACGACACCUUUUAACACAUAUUGAUUCUAAAGAUUUUAAAUGUGUUAAUUGUACUUACGAGACAAAUAACAAAGACUACUUUAAACGACACCUUUUGAAACAUACCGAUUCUAAAGAUUUUAAAUGUGCUCUUUGUGAUUACGAGACAACUGCGAAACGCUACUUUAAAAGACACCUUUUAAAACAUACCGGUUCUAAAGAAUUUAAAUGUGCUAAUUGUGAUUACGAUACAAAUCAGAAAGACAACUUUAAACGACACCUUUUAAUACAUACCGAUUCUAAGGAAUUUAAAUGUUACGUUCACACUCCAUCCGCUUCAAUCUGUUCGUUUAUUGUACAGUUAUUUAUUUGCUCCAGUGAUCAAGUGACCGUACGCACCGAUAUACUCGUAGACGGAAAAUCGAACGCAUCAAACUUUGUUGGUCCACCAAGAAUAUGGUCGCCAUACGAAAAUUAG